AUGUACUCAAAUCGGAAUAUUACAGUAGUUUUGUUGCUGUACAUUACACAUUUUGUACACUCCAAAACUACUGGGUAUGACUCAAGUGACUCAAACCUGAUCGUAGGGAGCAUCGGGUUUAAAAGACUAUCUCAAAUUACUGAGCUCUGCGAAGUCAACAACGACUUCCUGUUCAGAACAAAUGAAGUUCAACUCAGGAUGAAUCAGGACAUCUUCGAGUGCCUCUCAAAGAUGAAGCUUAAUGGAACCCUGAAAACAACAACAAUGACAUCUCUUUCAGUUAAGCAAUGGGUUCUCUGGGAAGUUGAUAGGUUCAACUUUAAAGACGAAAUGAAUUGGAUAUCAGGGACUGUUAACACUUGCGGAAACUCUAAGGAUUCAUUUCUUGGUGGACCUUGUGUUCUUGGGCCUGGUGGAGUCAAGAGGUUCUAUAAUCAUAUUCCCGAACACACUGAAAUUAAGAUAACUGGAAGAGUUCAUUUUUUCGACGAAUGGAACGGAGAAUCUGUUUUUUUGAAAGUUAACGACAAGAUACUAUGGAGCCAAUGGCAUAAUUGGUGUCCUACUAUCCCUGAUUCUGCUUGUAUGAAGUUUGGCAUAGACGUUUGUGGUAUAGAAUAUCCUGAUCGGCUAUCGGUUUAUUUAGAGGUUUCAAUGGUCAAUUCUGACAGUUCAGUGGCAUUAGAGUUUUUUAGCAACUUGUCCAAAGAAAGGAACCCAUGCGAUGUUUCUUGGGGGAUAGACGACAUUGUUUUACAUAUUAGAUAG